UCCUCCAAGCAGCAGCAUUUUUGGCGGAACCUGGUCGAAAUACUGUUCAUAUACUGUUCAUAUGAUAUUGUGAAUGAUAAAUUACCUUUACCAUUUACUAAGUUCACAUCUGUAAUGCCCGACUGCCUUCAUUUAAACGUCCCUGUCCGGUUUAACAUGGUGAACGCGGAUGAAAUCGCCAAGUUGUGCUACGAGCGUUUCAACCAGCUGCCCCGGAGAGGGAAGCCUGAGCCGGGCAGAGAGUGGACCCUGCUGGCCGCUGUGGUCAAAGUCACCCGGUGUGCUAACUCUGACACAGUUAAGAGGGAGGUUGUUUCUCUGGGAACUGGGACUAAAUGUAUUGGACGGACAGCGAUGAGUCCCAAUGGUGAUGUUCUUAAUGACAGCCAUGCAGAAGUCAUUGCUAGAAGGGGAUGCAUCAGGUACCUGAUCCAGGAGCUGCACAGGGCUGUGAGUGGUGGGGACAGCUCUGUGUUAUGUAAGGCAGAUCAGUGGGGGAAGUGGAGGCUUCAGCCAGGAGUUUCCUUUCUCUUCUUUACCAGUCACACUCCCUGUGGUGAUGCCGCCAUCAUCCCUAUGGCUGACAGCCAGUCUCAGCCCUGCCCUCCUGUCACAUCUGUAAAAAACCAUGAAGGGACCGACGGAAGAGGAAACCUGAAAAGGAAAGAUGAGGAACCAAGUGAAGGGAAAAACAUUAAACGGCCCCGUCUGGAGGAACAGGAGACAGUGGAGACAAAGCUAGAGGACAGAGGAGACACAAAACAACCCUUCCUUUCAAAUUCAUCUCAAAGUGAAGAUCCAUCACAGAGUAACUCUGCAGACACACCUGUGGAAACUGUCUCACAAGAUUCAGCCCAGCUGACAACAAAAACCAGAGACCCUGACUCUGACAGGGCUGGACUGCAUCCACAGGUCUCAGACAUUCACAGAACUGGAGCCAAGUGUGUCUCGGGUGCCCCAGCCGACCCUCUGCACCCUGGGGUGGGAUACCAUAGCACAGGGGUUCUCCGGGUGAAGCCUGGACGAGGAGAGCCGACUCUGUCCCUCUCCUGCAGUGACAAGCUGGCCCGCUGGGGAGUGCUGGGCUUCCAGGGUGCACUGCUGUCCCACUACCUUCAGGAGGCGCUCUACUUCAGCACGGUGGUGGUGGGGAAGUGUCCAUACAACCAAGAAGUUAUGCAGAGAGCUUUGGUCACAAGGUGCUCCCGUGUAUUGGACCUCCCCGCUGGUUUCUCUGUGUGUCCACCUCUCCUGCUCCAGUCUGGCCUGGAGUUCCCCUUCAGCCAGGCCCAGACCGAGCUCCGACACCAGGCUGGACAGGGACGAAUCUCCCCCUGUGGAGCAGCCAUCAGUUGGUGUAAUGUGGCUGAACAGCCACUAGAUGUCACUGCCAACGGCUACAAACACGGAGUCACCAAGAAGGCCUUCGGCACAGCUAAAGUCAGGUCUCUUCUGUGUAAAGUGGAGCUUUUUCAUUCAUUCCUGUCUCUGGUAGCAGCCACUGACCCCUCAGCACUUCCCGACUCCCUCAGGGGAGCAGAGCUGCAGACCUACUGGGACUACAAGCAGGCAUCCCAGUUGUACCAGCAGGCCUGGCAGCAGCUUCACUGCCAGGCCUUUCCUCUGUGGCCACGCAAUGACAGAAAUCUCCUGCUCUUCCACUGAAGGCCCACUCUCCUUAAACCCCACUCUGCAGCUGAGCUGAACAGUCCUCAUCAAGAUCCAGCUUGCCUGUUGGGUCAGCUGGUCAGCGACGUUAGAGGUCUGGAUAAAUAUUGUUUGGCUAUAUUUGACUCUGCGUAGCCCAGGAUGUCACCGCUCACACCAGCGGGACACCCAGCUCUGUCAUGCUGUUCAUAGAGGUUGAUGACCGCUGCUCAGUGUCCUCAGAUGCUGGUUUUAUUUUCCACAGUGUGUAACGUGUUGUGACUCCAGCUGGCCAGUGUUCAUGUUCUGAAAACACAGCUGGACGUACCUGUCUGCAAGUGGACUCCCAGUCCUCGUUUAAAUGCUCUCCCACUGUGGUUUCCUCCCAGUGUACGUGUUCUGCUCAGGUGGACUGAAGACAAACUGAGCAUGGUAAUGAAAGUACAUGUGUCUAUUCAGCUUGUGAUGACCUGUAAACCUGAUCAGGGUGUUUCCAGUGCAUGUUAGAAUAGAUUCCAGUUCUCCAGGACACUUAACUCACUCAUAAAGACAAAGAAGAAGUUAAACUUGCAUAUUUCUGCACAACAGUCAGGUCCUUUAUGCAGACCAGGCAGACACCAAAUCAAUGUCAGGACUGAGGAUCAGUUGUGUUAUUGCUUUUGCUCAGCAGAUUCCACUGACAAGUAACAACCCACUUCAGCUCAGCUAACACUGAACAGCAUGUUGCGAGUUAUGACCAGGAAGCUGUACACUGUGUAUUCAAUGUCAUUCUCAUUCCUCUGCAGCAGAGAUUCAGAGCUCUUGUUAACUUGAUCUUUUAAAUGUUCUUUGCACUGAAGCAUACAUGUACUGUAAAUAUAUGGUGAUGCUCAGAAAAAUCA